CGUAGUCAAAGAUCCUUCUUUUAAAAUGGCACAUUUUGUUGCAGUUUAUGAAUUCAUCCGGUCAUCAUUUCUGCAGUUCAAAUGCAAGUGCUAGUGUGCUAAAGCUGAAGCUAUUAGAUCAAGCAUGAUUAAAUAAUUUUAAAAAAAUCUAAUUUUGAUUUUGGUGUUUUGGUGUCAAAGAUGUCGGGAAAACUAAAUGCUACAAAGUCAUCUGUGUCUUACAUAGACUUGAAUAAGCCAGCACAAACAUUUAAAUUUGUUAUGGGAUUGUGUGCUAUAAUAUUUGUUGCAGCAGUGGCAUUUUUUUCUAUCUUGCGGUUGAAAUUUCGACAAAUUUAUGCUCCAAGAUUGCUUCUUAUUGAAAACAAAAUAUUUACAAUUGGUGCUCAUAGCAAAUCAUACUUUGCUUGGAUUACUCUUGCAUUUACAGUAACAGAUGAAGAUAUCUAUGCCUUUGCUGGCAUUGAUGCUUUAGUCUUUUUACGUUUUCUUCGUCUUGUUUUGAAGUUGGCACUAUUAACAUUACCGUAUGGAAUGAUCGUUCUUUUACCUAUCAAUAUUUAUGGAAAGAAUAAGCUAAGUGACGGCUUGGACAAAUUAAGCAUGUCAAAUGUAUCUCAACAUUCAUAUACUAUAUGGUUCCAUUGGUUUGCUGUGUGGCUAUAUUCACUUAUUGUGUAUUACCUGACUUAUAAGGAAUGGCAUGUAUAUAUCAGAUUCCGUCAGAGAUAUCUUAAAAAGGGUACUGGAAGUCAAUUUGCUAUUCUUGUAAAGAAUAUACCAUCUGAGUUAACAGAUGACAGCACGUUAAAAGCCACUUUAGACAACCUGUUUCCAAACAAGAUAUUUGGAGUCCACGUUAUCAAAAACUUGAAGAAUUGGGAUCAAUUAAUUGAAAAACAUGAUAUAUAUGUUCGUAAAUGGGAAGGGGCGAAGCUGUAUUUUGAAACUGAAAACAAACGACUCAUGAAGCGUAAAUAUAUAUGCGGGCCACAAUAUGAUGCACUGCAAAAAUACGAGAACGAAUUAGAGUUAAUACAGGAGGAGUUAAUUCGAGAAAAACACGCAAGUCAUAAAUCUUCACAAUGUGCCUUUGUAUUUUUUAAAUCGUUAAAAUCUAGAACUGCAGCACUGCAAAGUAUAUGGAGCAAAGACCCUCUUCUUUACAAUGUUUCUUUGGCUCCUGAUCCUGAAGAAGUAGUUUGGCAUAACAUUGCCUACCCGUAUUACUUAAGGAACACGCGAAUUUUUAUUGGUUUUGUGGUUGUCUUUUUUUUGGUCAUCUUUUGGGCUGUUCCCAUCUCCUUCAUAUCGUCACUAUCUCAUUUCGAGACUGUUGCAAAAGAAUUCAAAUGGUUAGAUAAAAUUGCAUCUGGCUUGUCCAACAUUGUGAUCAGCUUUAUAGAAGGUGUUCUUCCGGUGGCAUUAUUAGCAGCCUUCUACCUGCUUUUGCCUUACAUUCUAUUUUUUAUUGCGCGAUUUCAAGGGAGAACAUCCAAAAGUAACAUGUCUAUGAUGGUGUUCAAAUGUCUUUACGUGUUCCAGACGUUUAAUACAUUUUUCAUCUACAUUAUUUCUGGAUCGGUUAUGAAGUACCUUAGUAAUAUACUAGACCAUCCUACUCAGAUUCCACAAUUGCUUGCAAAAUCGCUACCAUCUCAGGCUGGAUUCUUUAUCAACUACCUAUCCCUCUCUUCGUUUGUGGGCUUGGCGGUUGAAGUAACAAGAUUAGUCCCGCUUAUUCUAACUGCCAUCAAAUUGAAAUGGAUAGCAAAAACACAACGGGAACGUUUGGAUGCAUGGAGACCAAAGCGUGCAGAAUAUGAAGUUAUGUAUUCGCAAGCACUGUUAUUUUUCUUGAUUGGUAUAUCCUACUCAAUUUUGUCUCCCAUCAUCAUUCCGUUCUUCGUUAUAUACUACGCAUGCGCGUACACAGUAUGGGUAUAUCAACUUUUACAUGUGUAUAUACCUGAAUAUGAACACGGUGGAAAGUUUUGGCCGGAAGUCUUUUACAGAAUACUCUUCUGCAUGGUUGUUUUUCAGCUGCUGAUGAUUGGUGUAUUUUUACUAAAAGGAAUGUGGUAUUGUGCAAUUUUUGUUUCGCCCGUGGUUUUACUAACCAUCACAUAUUGGUGGUUCGUUAACCAUAAAUUCGUACCUUGUGGUGAGUACCUAGCUUUAAGUGAAGCUGGCGACACUAAAUAUGCAGAAAAGAAAUUUCUAGAGGACGUUCGCAAAAGGUACAUACGUGAUUUGCUCGUGCCAGAAGUAUUUGAGGUCACUUCUGACAGACUUACUGAUAUAGAUGAUUACAUCCCAAUCACUUCAAUGAACGACACAGACGAAGAUGCACAAGAAAUGAGAGAAAAUGGACGAUUGCUUGGUAGAUAAUGAACCUCUACUGCCUGCGUUGUAAAAAUAUUUGUUGUUGGUAAAUUUGGGUUGUGUUAACUGAAGCAUGUAUUUCUAUUCACAAAGCACUAACUUUUCAAAGUAGAUGUCUUGGAGAAUUGUUAAAUAGACAACUUUUCGGGUUUUGUUUUGUUUUGUUUUUUUUGGAAAUUUAACGAAAUUCGCAAAAAUUGCUGUCCGUAUGGUACAGUUUUUGUGUUUUGAAAAAUAUUUCAUAUCACCAGAAUAGAUCUUUGAAAGUAGUUAUUUUGGGGGAAAUCACCAUUCUAAAAACUGUUGCGCCCAAGGAAAAUAUUGUGCAACUGAAAUUUUUGCUUAUAACAACAUUCACCGUGAUAUUAUUUUCCUUGAAGUCCUUGUAAAUUAUAUUUGAAUACAAUUUCGCUCUAACUGCAAAACCCAGUGAAUAAAGACAAGCGGGUUGUGUAAUUCGCGAAUGUUUUUGUUGUUAAAGUUUGUUUGUUUCUCGAUUGUGAGUGUAAAUUCUUAAUUGUAUAGACGCACUAUUUUUAUUUUUGUAGACUUUAUUUGGAAAAUAUAUUGCCGUUAUUCUAUGUCUAAA